AUGGCGGAAGUGAUGGCGAGCGCUGCCGCCACGAGCGUGAUGGGCUCCGUCAUCGGCAAGCUGGCCGCCAUGCUCACCGAGAAGUACAAGCUCGCCAAAGACGUCGAGCGCGGGAUCCGCUUCCUGCAAGAGGAGCUGAGCAGCAUGGAUGCUAUUCUGCAGAUGCUCGCCGAGAUGGACGAUGACCAGAUCGAUGCACGCGCCAAGUACUCGAGGAGCAAGGUACGUGGCUCGUUGAGAUCAGGCCCCUCAUCUCCUUCCUCAUCUGGAGUUGCAUUCAAGUCAAGGGCCAUGGCGAGUGAAUGGUUUGGAGGAGUUGUGGGCAGUGAGGCAGUGGCUUUAGUAGCCCAGAAGUUAAAUAUGGCGCCUGAAUGGCUAUUUGAAUUUGUUUAUGUUGCUUCUCUUAAUUUUUGGCGCUAA